UGCCUUCUUUUCACUGUUUGCACGCCCUAGAAUACGGUAGCACACUGUACACCUGGAGUCUUGAAAUCCCGGAGUCUUGAACAGCCCGCCGUCGCCGUCGCAACGCCCAGUCUCCAAGACCCCCAGCCCAGUCGUUCUCCGCGCAGAGCGUCCCACUGUCCCACUUGGAAGAGGCAAACAGAGUACAGACACUACAAGUAUCACCAGAAGUUACGCCUUCAGUAGGUACUAUACAUCCUCUAUAAAACGAGAUCAUAACUCGCCACAACUAUCAGCAGGCUGGCAGACUGGCAGCAACUAUGCGCACCUUACACGCACUCUGGAGUCUGCGCCCAUGGACGACCGAGGCCACGGGAUUGCACUCUCCCCCUCACCCACCACACGUCACUCAACUCAUCCCAACCCAACGUCUGCGCCGGCGUGGAAAACAAAACCCAGCGUGUCAAGCCUCACGACCAACGCUCCUCACGGGGAGUGUAUUUUCCCUUUUUCCUUCUUUUGUUUUUUUUCUUCGGAUUUGUUUAAGCACGAGCAUGUCCAUUUCCCUUCGUUUUUUUUCCUUUUUUCCCCUUCCUUUCCCUUCUUUUCUUUCCUUUUUUCCUUCCUUUCCCUUCUUUUCUUUCCUUUUUUCCUUCCUUUUUCCUUCCUUUCUUCUGGUUCGAGUCCGUCACAACUUUCCCCAAGCGGUUUUGUUCAGCGGGAGCCUUCUUGCCGCGUGCAUCAAGCUUGUGGAUACUAGUAGGGGUGGCUCUGCUAGCUACUCUAGCGCCGACUUACUUUGCCGACGACGACGACGACGACGAUGGCGGCGGCGGCGCGAGCAUGGCACUUCAGUAGGAAGUAUGGAGGUAUGGAUGAGAGGCGAGGGUUCUCUUAUGAUUUUGUUUGUUCGGUUUGUUGAAUCAUCAUCAGCGCUCUUGCGUUAUUGCAGUCGACAUUUUUACUCUACUCGCGGCACUCUGGAUCAUGGCUCUCGGCCCAGGGGCCAGCACUCGUCCGUUGACGCGAGGCGUGGAGAGGCGAGGCGGGGAUGUUCCACAAUCCAGAAUCCAGGCUCCAUAACUGGGAUAAGGAUCAGGUAGGUGUUGCGAGAGACUUGGGCGGUGAAGGGAGUGGAUGUUUGUAUGGCCGUGGUGGAUUGGAGGAUGCCGAAUCGUCUGGGUAUGGAGGCCUACUAGAGAAGCC